GCUGUCGUGGGAGAGCGUGAAGCAACUUCACGGCUGUUGUCGAAGUCAAAAGAUUGUUACAGGAUCCAAUGAUGAGUUACGUGGAAAAGCCCGAAGACAUUACGAAAGACGCAUGGAUGGACAAACUGAACAAUGUACAAAUACAGAGGUCUGACAUGAACCGGCUUAUUAUGAAUUACCUGGUGACAGAGGGGUUUAAAGAGGCAGCUGAGAAGUUCCGGAUGGAGUCUGGGAUCGAGCCCAGUGUGGACCUGGACUCGCUGGAUGAGAGGAUAAAGAUCAGAGAGAUGAUCCUAAAGGGGCAAAUACAGGAGGCCAUUGCACUCAUCAACCACUUACACCCAGAACUGCUUGACACCAAGCGCUACCUGUACUUUCACCUGCAACAACAGCACUUGAUUGAGUUAAUCAGGCUGCGGGAGACGGAGUCUGCUUUGGAGUUUGCCCAGACACAGCUGGCAGAGCAGGGUGAGGAGAGCAGAGAGUGCUUGACAGAGAUGGAGAGGACACUGGCUCUUCUUGCCUUCGAUACCCCAGAGGAGUCGCCCUUUGGAGACCUGCUUAACAUGAUGCAGCGACAAAAGGUGUGGAGUGAGGUGAACCAGGCUGUGUUGGACUACGAGAACAGGGAGUCAACGCCCAAGCUGGCCAAGCUACUCAAGCUGCUGUUGUGGGCUCAGAACGAGCUGGACCAGAAGAAAGUGAAAUACCCCAAAAUGACAGACCUCAGCAAAGGCAUUAUUGAGGAUCUCAAGUGAAAUGACGAGCAGUGACAUGGACUACCAUACUUUCUAUUUAUAAUCUGUGAAAGACAGGAUGGUAACGGAAAAAUAACAGGUAUAUAAAUGAUUUUUUUCAUGUUGCAUAUAUGAUGGGACUUAAUUGAGUGUGCAAAUGCUAUAUGGCUGUGAAAAAAAAAAAAGUGUAAAACACGAUUUAAACAUUUCAACAGAGUACCCGCAUUUAUAUACACUUUGAGAGACCACACAUUUAAAUGACUGGUUUAUAUUUGCUUACCUGAGAAAUUGGUAUUAAUCAAUUGUACUUGAGUGUCAUGGUCAGUUCUGAAUUUUAAUUAUUUUUUUUUUAAGCCACUGAGUCACCACGUUGAGUGUGGGUGUUAGGAUUUUAUACAAAACAUAUAGUUAAAGGUCAAAUGUAGCUGUUUUUAUAUUUAUUUUUUUAUCUCUAUAAAAUCAUUUCUGGGUAACAAAUAAGUAUGUGACUGUUCAAUUAAAGUGGUCAACAGGAAACAAAUAGCUUCUUGGUGAAGAGCAAUUCCUCAAGCAAGAAUUUCGCUAGGAUUGUCUGGGAGUGAUCUGAGUGGGGAGGGUAAAACAGAACUAUCUAAUGAGAGAGCUCUUUUUUAUUGGUGAUGUUACCAGACAGGCCAAAACUCUGAGGCAGUCUUUUCAAACAGCUCUUACACUACCACCUUUUUCAAAAUGUCAGUAUUUCAACCUCUGUGUGGAAAUAUGUAUGUUAAACACAGGAAAUAUAUUUGUUUGUAAUGCACAGCCUUUUAAGCCUAAAUUAGGCUUCUAUGUAAAGGACAGAGGGAAAUAUAGGCUAAAUGCUGUUUUUAUUUUUUAUAAGGGGUUUGGGUCAUGUGGAAAAUGUCAGGUAACAGUUACAGUAAUUUGAUUGGUUAAAACGGCAAGUCUUUAUCUUCUGGACAUCUGGUCUUAACCUGUCUACUGAUGGAUGAAAUUAUUACACACAUGGAAAUACGGGUUUCUUUUAAAUGGUUGACUGAGUUUACAUUCCCUUCUGUUUUUGAAAGAUACCUGAAGCUCUGCCUUGUAGGUUAUAUUGAGGCAUGAAAACUUGUAGCUGGAGGGUGAAACCCUUGACCUUUCACAGUAUAACGCCUCUCGUAGAGAAGUUGGUAUAAGGUACACAUGACCAGAUUGCUAUUAAGAGUUAGUAACCAGUCUGAAUUUGUACAUUUACUGCACAGAGGCAUGUGGUGUAAAUAUUGUUCAAUGGGUUAAGGUCACUGUAGAAGCGCUCAUUUCUCGUUUAUGUUGUGACUUUUGUUUUUUCCUGCUGCUAAAUGUCCAUUUCAUUGUACGAUCAGACAAUGUGAUUAUGCACAGACUACAGAGAACUCCCCUCCCUUGUAUUAUUGGAUGUU